AUGGUGCAGAUCUCUCGGUUGUUUCCUUGGGUUUCUAUGCAGGAGGAGGGGAUGUGCGGGGGAGAGGAGGGGGGUGUAAAGGAGGGAGCUGCCCGGAUUUUUCACCCUGCUCAGGUGUUCAACCAGACGCAUCUAUUCGACGCUGGGAGAUGCGGCGACCGAUUGGCUGAUUUCGACUACCCCUCAGGCACCCGGUUUGCCGCCUUCCCUUCCCUCCUCAACCUUCUUUCCGCCGCCCGCUCGCCGUCCGAUGUGGUCUUCUCGGAAAUGGCGGAGAAGCUUCCUCUCUUCCUGUCACUGGCGCCUGCCAUGCUGCUGCUGAGGCACAUACCAGUUGCAGUGCAGAACAGAAAGUUGGUGCGCGGCAUCUGGCAGGCCGUGGUAGGGUUGAGGCCCACAGCGAGUGCCGUGCAUGCCAUGCCGCACUCCUCACUGCUCUUCGCUCGCACACUCUACAUGCCGCUAUUUCCCCCAUGCGGCCACCCCAGCCCGUCUCUCCUGCACGCCUUCCGCGCCCGCCACCUCUUCCCCCCCUCCGGCCUGCCGCUCUUCUCUCAAGACGGCUCCUACCGCCCCCCUGCACCUGGGGGUCUGGCAGAACAAGGAGCACACGAUGCAGCAGGGGAGCUGCCUGUGGUCCCUAUGGGAUUUAUGGGGUCUAUAGAUGGGCGUUUGAAGCAUGAUUGGGUGGUGGUGGUGGCGGCUCCCCCAUCCCGUCUGCCCACAGUGCAAGCUGUUGCGCUGGCUGCAGCGCUACGUGCGGUGAAAUGGAUACUGAAGCAGCUCUAUACCGAGGAUAGAGUCGCCGUGUACAGACGAAACAUGCCGCUCCAAGAAGCCAGAGCGCUGUUCCAACGGGCUCUGCUGUUCGUCGCCUGCGAUAAUGCCCUUGUAAACACCCUCUUCAUGCCUUCCCACUCCUCUGUCAUCGAAAUUCGCACCAGCAGCAGCAGCAGCAGCAGCAGCAGCAGCGGUGCAGAUUCAGUGUAUCCGGACGGGGGAAGGCAGCUGUACAGAAACCUAGCGUUGGCAACAGGUGUGAGGCACUACCUGGUGGAAUGCCCAGAGGAACCAGUGGUGGAGACAGCAGAUGCGGGGGCAGGGAGCGGUGGAGACAGAUGGGGAGAGGUCGGGAGUGGUGGAGGUGGCGGCGAUGGUGAUGCCGGUGCUGGUGCCGGUGGUGCUUCUGGGGUUGCUUUUUGGGAGGAUACAGAGGAGGAGGAUGGGGAUAAAGGUGGUGGGUCGUCAGUGUACUUGCCUAGAGGUUCCCUGGCUUGCGGUAUUGAGCGGUUGAGAACGGUCCUGGAAAGCGUUCUCCACGAUGGGUUUGCUUCGGAGAGUUUUGACCCGAACCUCCUCGACAGGUCUGGGGAGGGGUUCCGGACGAAGAUUCCAGGUAGCAAGGUCAGCCGGGCAGGUCUGAAAGAAAAGUUUCUGAAAUGGCAGGAGUGUGUGGCAGCAGAAGGCAGCUGGAAAUUCGACCCGAGGCCGAGGCGAUUACCCUGGGAAUUCAAGGGUUACUCGAAUUACUGCGACAAAAGACACAUGGCAGCAUCCCCUACUGCUGUCGUGGUCUCCAAAGCAGAUCAAAUCGCAGAUUCCAUUAUGAAACUUCCUCCAGAAGAGAGGAAGGUGCGGCAGGAGGAGUGGGACGUACGGCCCCAGCUGAAAUACGUGUGGGACACGGAGGGUAAGUGUGGGGCAUGGGAUGCUUUUGAUGGCCGAGUGGUGUGUGACUGGGUGAGAGGGAGAAGGUGGAAUGGAACAGGGAUGCCGCUGACAGAAGAGGAGGAGGAGGAGAGGGAAGAGGCGGCUUUCAAAGGGGAGGCUGUGAGGGAGAAGGGCGACGGGAGCGGCGCGCUUGUACUCCUUAUAGGCGAUUCGUUACAGGAGCAGUUUGUGCGCGUGCUGGUGAACAACAUGCUGACGCAUGUAAAGAAACCCGCCACGUGGGCCGUGGAGGAAACGAUCCCCAAGGAAUGCAGCGAGCUCAUCGAACCUGACCAUGUCAGGCACUCUUUCUGUCGAGACUACAAGCUUCACAGCAACGUGUGCGCCAAUCUCACCAUCCGGUUCAUUCGCCACGACUACCUCCAGCUCUCCAACUCGCAGAUCAAGUUCGACCGAGUCCCCUUCGCCCGCCUCUCUUUACUCACCGGCGCCCGCGUGGUUAUACUGAAUCGCGGCGCGCACUACCGCCCGGACCGACACUUCAUCUCAGCGGUCCGUUCGACGGUGCGAUUUCUCCGGAACAAGCUCCCGGACGCGCUCUUGAUCUAUCGAACCACCGUGCAAGGCCAUGCCAACUGCUCGGAACACGACAAGCCGCUGCUCGUGCCGGGUCCCACGGACAACCUGCCGUUCUUCUGGGGGAAGUUUCACGAGCAGAACGAGCUGGCGCGGGCGGCAGUGGAGGAGGUGGGCGGCGUGUACUUGGAUGUAGCGGCGAUGACGGUGCUUCGUCCGGACUCGCAUCAGGGGUUCAUUCCGGAGUUGAACCACGAGGACUGCUUGCAUUACUGCAUUCCAGGCCCGCAGGACCUGUGGGCCCAGAUGCUACAGAACGUGCUGCUGCAAUUACUCCCAGAGCCGGCGCCUGCUGUUGACGCCUAG